CAGCUCAUUCGAAAACAGUUUGCCGGACUAUACACAUCGCUCCCAAUAUUCAAAUUGCCAGUUAGCUCUCGUUUCAUAUUAUUUUUCAUAUUAGUAGCUUCGCGAAAUAGAUUUAAAUUCUUUUUUUUUUGUUUGAGUAGAGAUUUUUUGUUCGUUUUUGUUUUUGCGGGUUUUUUGUGUGUGUUUGGAAAUAUGUCACAAAACUACUUUGCCGCAUCGUCAUCAACGGAAGAGGAUAACGGCGACGACCAAAAGUGGCAGGGCGCCAGCCCAUACGGCAAGUGUGUGCUCAACUUGGCGGCACAGCGCUGGCCGGGCAGGAUGACAGGCCCGGGAGCCCGCGGCCGCAAGCCAAGGGGUCUCGUGCCCGAGACUUUGGACGACGAUUUUGAAUUCUGUGAGGACGCCGACUGUGGCAAGGUGGCCGCCAAGCCGGCCGCCAAGCGACGCAGCGCCUCCAAGCGGGCGGCCAAGCCGAAGUGCGCUAAGCCGAGGCGUGCCAAGUCGGCUGCCGCCAAGAAGCCCAAGCGGAAGACCACCAAAAGCGCCCCCAAAAAGACGCUGCGCAAUUCGCGCUGCGCCAAGCCCAAAGCUCCCAAAAAGCCCAAGAAACAGCCCAAGAAGCAGCCCAAGAAGUGCUGACCGUCGGACCGCUGACACCCCCACUGAUGAUGAACGCACUGAUACCCUAAACAAAAGCCGGAUUGAAAACAACCAACAACAACAACAAAAAAAAGACGAACCAAAAUAUCACACAAUAUAAAUUCAGCAAAAAC